AUUAAAAGAAGGGUUGCCAAAUUUGAAUAUUACUUAGAAUAUUUAUCGUUUAUCAUUUAUAUGAUAAUAUAUUGUAAAUAUAAUCUAUAAAUAACGAAAUAUCCAUAAGAAAAGGUAUAGAUAACAAUAAUCGUGGAAAAAUUAUACUUCCCUUGUAUAUUACCAACAUUAGUGUAAUAUUAAUCUGUUGAUCAACUCACAAGUGAUUUUGUCUGAUCGUGAGUUUCAUUCUAAUAUAAUUUUGCAAUACUAUUUAAAAAAUAUAAUCAAAAACUCUAUUUGGGACGUUUCACAAAUUCACGGAUUAUAAUGUCCGUAGCGCAGUUCCUCGAAGGAUUACCUUCCUAUAACGAAAAUAAUUUUACUAAAUUUCACGUUGAUAACAAUAAUAGAACACCAUUAAAACGCCCUUCCGUUUAUGUGCCUACUAAAGAAUACCCAUCUGAGCAAAUAAUUGUCACAGAGAAAACUAGUAUUUUAUUAAAAUAUAUGCAACAACAUUGGGAUAAAAAAUAUAAUUCGAAAAAGAGGGACGUUAGUCCACAAUCGCAUGAACCAACCAGGAAAAAACCGAGAACGGAUCCCAACAAUACCAGGGAUUACGGAAUGAGCAUGAACGAUUUUUAAAUCCGUUUUAAAAAACUUUUGUUUCUGAUUUAGGAUAAUUUUUAGGAGACAAAUUCAUUUUUGUGGACACAAAAAUAUAUGUAUUGCAUUUAAAA